AUGUUAUUACCUGAAUAUCUAAGAGCUGCUCCUGCUUCACAAAGGAGCGAUAAGAAACGUCAGCACAAAGAGGAUGAAGUGUCUCCGCUGUGGCUCGGGGUAAUUCUCCUUCCAACAGAUAAGACCCACGUCACGCCGUACGGCGUCUUUAUCAAAGCCAGCGCUAACAAGGCGCCGCAGAACAAUAGGGAAGACCGCCACCAUGACGACGGAGACCUGCUCUGA